AUGAUACAGGGAGAUUUGGUCGUUGCCAAUGAGUAUCAAAACCGUGAUCUCUUCUGGGCCUUGCGUGGUGGUGGUGGAGGGACGUUUGGCAUAGUCGUGGAUGUCACACUUCGAACUUUCGAUGAAGCUCCGGUCAUUAUGAGCAGCCUCAAUAUCUCCGCACCCUUGGGACAUCCGAUUUUCUGGGACGCCGUGACCGAGUUUCACGCGCAUCUCCCUGCCUUGAGCGACGGCGGGGGUGCAGGCUAUUACCGCAUUUUCCCGGACCUUCCUCUCCCCGACAAAAACACGUCUGUUUCCGGACUCAUUCUUGCUCUGGUGUUUCCAAACCAAACAGAUGUUGCAAGAGUGGAUCGGCUUUUCGAUCCGCUAUUAACAAAGCUGAAUGAGAUCUCAGCUGUGACAGCCGAGUACGGCUCAAUGCCGCUCCCUGAUAUUCGCACCUUGAUCUCGGACAUACUGAUCACCAGCAACGCGGAUAUUACCGGGGGUAUUACGCUACUUGGCUCGCGGAUGUAUUCUCGGGACCUGUUUGAGAAGGAGCCAGCAAAGCUGAGCGCUGUCCUGCGGCAGAUACGGACCGGCCCCUACGAGUCGUUUACCGGCCAUAUCGUGUCUGGGGGCGCCGUAGCCAGCAAUCAUAUCGACAGUGCUCUGCAUCCAGCUUGGCGUGAAACUCUGCUCCACCUCACAUUCGGCCGUGGCUGGGACCCCGAGACGUCUCAGGCAGAACAGGAUGCAAUCAGGAACAACCUGACUAACGUAGAGGUAGAGCUUCUCCGUUCUGUGGAGGGUUCACAUAAGAUGGGCGCAUAUCUCAACGAGGCAAAUGCCUACGAGAAGGACUUUCAGUCAUCUUUCUGGGGAGACAACUAUAACCGCCUGUACAACAUCAAGCAGAAGUGGGACCCCACGGGACUCUUCAUUACACGCAGCGGUGUUGGUAGCGAGGACUGGGAUGCAGAGGGCAUCUGUCGCGUGAAGAGUCAUUGUCCACGGGACAUCAGCUCGAACGACAUGUCUGACCUGUGA